AUGUCCAAAUGUGGAAAUAUAACAGGGCGAACGCCACUGGCUGUUAUUCCCGCUUUGCAACCUCAACCCCCACUCCGUUUCCUUGAGGUUGAAGGUGUCACCUUGGUGUUCUCCGUAUUGGGAGUGAAAAGGAUCUCGCCUGUGACUCACAGCCUGUGA